AUGCAGCCGCCGCCCAGAAAAGUGAAGCCGGCCCAGGAGGUGAAGCUUCGCUUCCUGGAACAACUAAACAUCCUUCAGACUCGGCAGCAGAGGGAGGCGGAUCUGCUGGAGGACAUCAGAUCCUACAGCAAGCAGAGGGCAGCCAUUGAACGCGAGUAUGGGCAGGCACUCCAGAAACUGGCUGGGCCAUUCCUGAAGAGGGAGGGGAAUCGGAGCGGUGAGAUGGACAGCAGGACAGUGUUUGGUGCCUGGCGCUGCCUGCUGGAUGCUACCGUGGCUGGGGGCCAGGCCCGGCUCCAGGCAUCUGACCGAUACCGUGACCUGGCAGGGGGCACAGGGCGGAGUGCCAAGGAGCAGGUGCUCAGGAAGGGAGCAGAGAACCUCCAGAGAGCACAGGCUGAGGUGUUGCAGUCUGUCCGGGAACUGAGCCGAAGUCGGAAACUGUAUGGACAGCGGGAACGCGUGUGGGCCUUGGCACAGGAAAAAGCAGCCGAUGUUCAGGCCAGGCUGAACCGAAGUGACCAUGGGAUCUUCCACACUAGAACCAGUCUCCAGAAACUCAGCACCAAGCUAUCUGCCCAGUCUGCCCAUUACUCCCAGCAGCUGAGAGCAGCCCGCAAUGAGUAUCUUCUCAACUUGGUGACCACCAAUGCCCACCUGGACCACUACUACCAGGAAGAGCUGCCAGCCCUGCUCAAGGCCCUGGUCAGCGAGCUAUUGGAACACUUGAGGGACCCCCUGACCUUACUGAGUCGUACUGAGCUGGAAGCUGCAGAGAUGACCCUGGAGCAUGCCCGGCAAGGUGGGCAGGCAACCUCCCAGGUAAGCUGGGAGCAGGAUCUGAAGCUCUUUCUUCAGGAGCCUGGAAUAUUUUCCCCCACCCUACCUCAGCAGUUUCAGCCAGCAGGGACUGACCAGGUGUGCGUUCUGGAGCUGGAAGGGGGAGCAGGAGGCGUAGCUGGGAAGAGUGGCCUGGAGAAAGAGAUCCAGCGCUGGACGAGCCGAGCUGCCCGCGAUUACAAGAUCCAGAAUCAUGGGAAUUGGGUGCUACAGCGGCUGGAGCAGAAGCUGCAGCAGGCUCUGGAGCGGGAGGCUCCAGGCAUAGAACAGCGGCUACAAGAAGUGAGGGAGAGCAUCCGGAGGGCACAGGUGAGCCAGGUAAAGGGGGCUGCCCGGCUGGCUCUGCUACAGGGAGCUGGCCUGGAUGUACAGUGCUGGCUGAAGCCAGCCAUGACCCAGGCCCAGGAUGAAGUGGAGCAGGAGCGACGACUCACUGAGGCCCGACUGUCUCAGAGGGACCUUUCUCCUACAGCUGAAGAUGCUGAGCUCUCUGACUUUGAGGAAUGUGAGGAGGCAGGGGAGCUCUUUGAGGAGCCUGUCCCCCCAGUCCUGACCACCAGACCCCUGCCCUGCUCUGCACAUGUGGUGUUUGGCUAUCAGGCUGGGCGUGAGGAUGAGCUGACCAUCAAGGAAGGCGAGUGGCUGGAGGUCAUAGAAGAAGGAGAUGCUGAUGAAUGGGUCAAGGCUCGGAACCAACAUGGCGAGGUAGGCUUCGUCCCUGAGAGAUAUCUCAACUUCCCGGACUUCUCCCUGCCUGAGAGGGACCAUGACAGCAAUGACCCCUCUGGAGCAGAGCCCACAGCCUUCCUGGCCCGUGCCCUGUAUACCUACAUAGCACAGAGUGCAGAGGAACUGAGCUUCCCUGAGGGGGCGCUCAUUCGUUUGUUGCCCCGGGCCCAGGAUGGAGUGGAUGAUGGCUUCUGGAGGGGAGAAUUUGGGGGCCAUGUUGGGGUUUUCCCCUCUCUCUUGGUGGAAGAGUUGCUUGGCCCUCCAGUGCCCCCUGAGCCCUCAGACGCUGAACAGAUGCUGCCGUCUCCUUCUCCUCCGAGCUUCUCCCCUCCUGCACCCACCUGUGCCGUAGAUGGGCCCUCUGUACCUGUUCUGCCUGGGGACCAACUCCCAGAUUGCCCUGGGCCCCUGGACCUGAUGGCGCCUCGUAUCAGGCCGAUGCGUCCACCACCUCCUCCACCAGCUAAAGCCCCAGAGUCCCUCACCUGA